GAACUUGCCAAUACAUAUGCAGAGUUUAAAAAUAUGCCAGCAGUAGAAGUUUUAGAUGUUUUCACUCAAAAAAUCAAAAGUUGUCUGUCAGACAGAGCACCUGUUAAUAGUUGUGUGAAAAACAUGCUUCAGGAAGAGGUGGACAUUUAAUUAAUGCAACUGUACUGCAAUGUUCAUCCAUUGGAAACUAUUGCCUUAAAAGCAUUAUUAGCUCUUAAAACAAUAGAUAAUGAGUUGAAUAUAAAACCAGCUAAAGGAACUGAUGGGGUUGCAGUAACAGUCCUCAAAAAUAUUUCUAAGCUAAGGUAUAGUUUUAAAGGCGAUCCUGCAGCAUUCAAAAGCUAUCUUAAAAAAAACAAUGUUGCUCCAGGGCUAUUCCUUAGAUAUGUUGGUAGUAGAUUUCAUGUUUUGUUCCAUAUGGCAGGGAUUGUUGUUACAUACGAAAGACUUAUAAAAACCUUUCUUGAAAACAACACCAAAAAUAAAAUUUGCCAACUCUUACUUUAAGAUAUGAGUAAUGAUAUAACGCUUGUGCAACUGCAAGGGUUGGGCCUAAUAGGAAAAAUAAUAACUGGGCCAUGGAUGAGUCUGGUUUAUAAAAAUGCAACAGGAAAGAGUAAUCUUGAGUUUGGUGACAUUUUCCAGAAAGCAAUAAGGAAAUUAGCUUACUUCAAAAGUAAUCCAGAAUCAAUUCUUUAUACAGAUGUGGAUAUUUUUAGUCAAGUAUUAAAUAUCAAAAAAGAUAAGGUACACCAAUCCCUUCGUGUAAUAAAAAAUAAAAAUAUUUUGGUAAAGAUUUUAUCAGCUUUGAUAAGCUACACAGAGACAGUUCUCAAAAGACAGAUGGCCAGGUAUUUGACUGGCAAUCUUCCAAAUCCAUCUAAAGAAAUGAUAAAAACCACACUAUCUGCUCCACCUCAUACAAUGGAGGCUGAAAGGAUCUUGGGCAUGCUUGAUUUUUUUUUGCGUCGUGCUCCUAAUGCUACUUUUGGUUUUCUGGAUUCUAAAAUAAAAGCCAGGGUAAACAAAACAUUAACAUGGCUUGAUGAGAAAACAUUGCCAGAACAAAAAGAUCUUAUUCAAUUUGUAAUUCGCAGAGGAGCUUUAAUGUGUCAAGCCUCUAAAAAUUUUAACAAUCUUUUGUAUGAAGAAAUAGGAAAAAGAUGCGCCAAAGCUAAUUUAAAAAAAGAGUGUCUGGAAAGAAAGCAACUAGAGAAGGAUAUUAAAAGAGCAAUAGCUGAAAAUGCCAAAACCACAAAUCCUCUUUUUGUUAAUAUUGAUAAAAAACAAAAACGAAUUUUAGGAGUAAUUUUGAAAAAUGGAAACUUGAUAGGGCAGCUCUUAAGCCAUAAAUGGGAGCUAGAUGAUGGUAAUAUACAUUUAUUUUUUGGUAGAAUUGUUGAUCAAAAGGUAGCAACAAAAAAAAAAUCUAUUACAUACACAAUAGGAUAUUGGAAAGUCAAUGAAAAUGAAGUUGAAGAUAUUGACAUAAGCCAGGAAGGAGUUAUAGCAGAUCUAAUACUUAAAGAUUUGGAGAGAAAAGUUGGCUUUGGAAGACUUACUUCAGCUAAAUCUUACUCCAAAAAUGAGAUUCGUGGAGCAGUUAGUUAUAUUAUUCCUAUUGACAUUUGCAACAAAUUCAUUCAAGCUAUUAACGCGACUUUAGAAAUGAAAGCUUCAAAUAUAGAAAGCUUACUUUCACAAUUAGCUGCUAUUCGUGACAGUUGGAAAGCAAUGUUGAAUGAAGCUAAGCUUGUUGCAUCUAGCCUUAAUAUAGAAAUAAAAUUGUUUAGGAACGAUAGCAAAAAACAACUCCGAUAA